AUGUACGACCCGAUGAACCAGAUCGUCCCCGCCGAAGACAACGACGCCGCCGCCUCCGACCACCACAUCCAUUACAGCUCCCACACCAUCGAAGACGUUGGCGCGGCCGUCGAAGACGUUUCCGCCGACUCCGUCUUCGUUCCACCCCCUGAAAUCUCUAUCCAGGAUUCUAGCCAGCUCACGCUCUCGUUUCGGGGCCAAGUUUAUGUCUUCGAUGCCGUUACGCCUGAUAAGGUCCAAGCAGUGUUGUUGCUGUUGGGAGGAAGUGAACUAACUUCGGGCCCGCAAUGUGCGGAGCUAUCCCCUCAAAAUCAUACGGGUGCAGCAGAGUUUCCUGCAAGAUGCAGUCUACCACAGCGAGCGGCAUCGUUGAAUAGGUUCCGUCAGAAGAGGAAAGAGCGGUGCUUUGAUAAGAAAGUUAGAUAUAGUGUACGUCAAGAAGUUGCACUCAGGUCUGAAUCUGAUAUUAUUGAUCCUGUCGAUGUUUCCAAAGUAGUUAAUAGUGGCCAGAUGACCGCAAUUGCCCUACUACAGAGUGGAGCUUCUUUGCUCCCAAAUGCUGGUAUUCGAGUGUUUUGCUGUAAUGGUGCUGAGUGCCACAAAAUAGCUCUUGUUUCCAUAGCAGCUGCUAUGCUUUCUGUAGCAGCCAUUCUAAUAAAUAAUGCUGCCUUGGUAUUUUCAGUGGUAGUCAUUCCAAUCCAUAUUCUGCCAUUGUCUAUAUUUGUUCCUGUGAUGCAUCGUAAUAAGGGUCAAUUUACAUCGUCCAAGAAACAAGAUGGAACUAAUAGUUGGGGUUCAGAUCAAGAGUCAGGACAGGAAGCUGUUCAAUCCGAAACCUCGUGCACACACUGUGGAACAAGUUCAAAAUCCACACCAAUGAUGCGAAGGGGGCCAUCUGGUCCAAGGUCACUUUGCAAUGCUUGCGGGCUUUUUUGGGCAAACAGGGGCACUUUGAGGGAUCUUUCUAAGAGAAACCAGGAACACUCUCUAGCGCCACCUGAGCAGGUUGAUGUGGGUAAUAAUGACUUGGACUGUCGGAGUGCUAUCCCUGCACAACAUAACAAUCAUGUUAAUGAAACCAAAGCUUUGGAUGAGUGA